AUGGGUGCGAAUCACUCGAGUCGAGGACGGGAAAACGACGAUCCGAGAGCGAGUCUCCGCGCGCGCGCGAGGCUUCGAAGUGGGUUACGAGGGAGCCAUACUACUAAUACGAAUCAGCAGCAGGAACAAGGACGGACGGAACUUCGAUUCGUGCCGGAACCAGCACCACCGCUCUCGAUGAAUACGACUACCACGACUACGAACGAUAUCAAUAACAACAACGACGGUGUGAUUACGAAGAAAACGUCCACCAUUCGAAACCACGUGAACGUGAAGAAGAGUUCGGUGCUCAUUUCGAUGGAGGCGAACGCGAUCGAGUUUACGUACGACGCGACGAAGAAAUGCGCGGCGUCGUUGUACGUGUGCCAGAAAGGAUGGAUGGGGAUGGGCGCGAGCAAAUUUAUCGCGGUGGCGCACAGGAAGCCGUGCGAGGCUGGGUUUAGCGAGACGGUUUCCGUCGCGAUUGGGAAGGAGGUGAAGUGUUCGCUGCGGAGUUUGACGAAUAACGAAGAGACGACGGAUGGAUUUGCGGUGAUUAUACGAUUAGAGUGCGUCGGGGAUCAGGUGGAAACGCAAGAGGAGGCGAAUCGGGUGUUGUUUAAAAAAGACGACGAGGAGAGGAAAGAAGAAGAAGAAGGAGAGCAAAAACAACAACAACAACAACACUAUUUCGAUCCAGUGAAGGCGUUUGAAAGCGUCGACGCGAGUGUUCAAGCGCAAACGACGUUCUGUUCCGUGCCGCAGUCUCUUAGCACAACGGAAGAAAAUUUGGUCAAAUUACAAGUCGUCAAGCAACACAUCUUCGUGAACGGGAGCUCGUACGAGUUGCAAGAGAUUUACGGGAUCGAUAACAACAGUAGCAACAACAACAAUAAUAACAAUAGUUUAGAACAGCAACACAACCUGGACCAGUUUCAGCAGCAGCAACGACAACAGCAGCGGGAGGAAGAGGAUGAAAUCAUGUGCGUCGUUUGUUUGUCGGAACCGAAAGACACGACGGUUUUACCGUGCAGACACAUGUGCAUGUGCUCGGAGUGCGCGAGAGCUUUGCGAUUUCAAUCGAACAAGUGCCCCAUUUGCCGGAAUCCAGUGGAGAGUUUGUUGGAGAUUUCCAUUUUAACGAAUGAUUAUAAUUAG